AUGAAGACCACUUGCGGAGAUAUCAGCGAUAUGUUGGAAAAUGAUCCGGACAUGCCAAGUAAAAGAAAACUGCAGUUGUCACUCCUUAUCAUUGUUGAUUGUGUACUUAUAGCUAAUUCACAUGUCCAUAAACCCACUCCACGAUACGUGAGAAUGGUCAGAGACCUAGACUCCUUCCUCGCUUUUCCCUGGGGCCGUGAAUCAUUCCUCAGGACUGUUGGGACUAUGCUGCCUGAAAAGCCAACGGUUGGUAAGAACGAAAACCCAGUUAACACACUAAGACAGCAACUCAGCAGCAGAUCUAUGCGUCUUUGUGGAUUCCCUCUUGCCCUUCAGCUACUAGCUUUCCGGUUGGUACCACAGCUUUUGUCUAAGCUCCACAACACCUCUGACCAACCGACGCUGCUUGAUAUGUCUGGUUUAAAAAUUCCGAAACAAGGCUCUCUCACACUCAGUCAGGUUCAUCAGGCCGAGUCAGAGCGUGAACUCACGGUAACUCCGCUAAUCGACAGAGACCCUCCCGACGAAGACGGGUUUGGCGAAUGGGAUGAUGAGACAUACGAUAAGCGAGUGAAGCACCUAUUUGCCCGCAUUCGCCGAUCUGAUGCAUUCCACAAGCAGGAAUGGUCAGGUGGCGAUACCAGUUUCCCUUUAAUCGUCAUGAAACAAGCUCCGACUGUCAGUAUGAAGCACAAAAAACACCUUAUAAACAGGAAAGAACGCCAACACGCCAACCUCGAAGUCUGUAUCUCUUCCGGUAAACUAGAGUCCGACGGGACACAAAACCGGGUGAACUCCUCCAUCAAAGACCUCCAACGCCAGUUAAAGUUGUUAUUUCAUCAAAACCAAGAGCUAUUCAACCAAUUUAAACUUCUUCAACAGAAGCAGACCAUUCUAGAGAACCAGCUAAACCCAAAAAAGAGGCGCCGAUUGUCUUCACAAAACACACCUACAAAACGGGCUAAAGGAAGAUCCCACAUCUUUAGCAAGCCAGGACAACGCUCACCUAUACCUCACCGCAUAAUAAGUUCGCAAGGCGGCGAAAGACUUGAUCAAUCUCCAGAAGAAGAUCUCACACCAUAUGGUACUCCCAAUGUAGUCGCUGUUGAGUACUUCUCCGACCCCAACACUGAGGCAAAUACUUCUCCCACCACUCGUACCAUCUCACAAGGCAAACCACAAACUCACUACAAAGUACAAUCUCCGCCAACAAACCAGGAACAGGGGCCCGACGACAUCAUCUCUGCUGUUCUAGACUUUGUUAACAAUGGAGAUCAUGGACCCUCCCAAAUACUGCUAUCAAUUGAUAAUCAUGAUUUUCAUCCACCUCAAAAUGUAAUUCCGAUGAUCACCAAUACUGACCACCAAGUACCAUCCACCACCACAUAUCGUGCUAAGGUACUACCUGGCGGACAGCUUUUGCUGGACAACUAUGUCACUCACCUGCCACGUAAAGAGACCACCACAUUAGCUCCUUCUCGCCAUCCCCAGAAGGACAAACACGAUUAUCACACUCAAGUCCUUAACAAUACCAACAUCGAACACCAAGAACACAAUUUAGAUUAUGCUGGACAACAUUGGAUGGAUACCCUCGCUACACACUCCAAACACCAAGAGGUCACCAUAUCUGCCGCAAAGGGGCAACUACUGUUGGACAUCUCCGCCACUCAGCCAGCAGAGGCGAACAUCCUCUCACGCAGACCUGACUACGAUGCUCAGUCUAAUCCAGAAGGAGAUGACCCAGUAGACUCGUAUCUCGUUGACCAAAACCCUAUUGCAGAUCCACAACACAGCUUUGAGGAUAAUGGGACCCCAAUCCACCAACAACUAACGGAUCCAGCCUCUCCUUUAGCCGACGACCAGCCACCAAGCCCACCAAGCCCAACACUACCUAUUACCUCUCAACAACCAGCGAACAAAAAGCCUCUGCUUAACGGGGAUGAUGGCCCUGUACCAUUCACCGAAGCUAUUAUGUCACCAUCGCUCCUAAGUCACAUGCCUUCGGAGCUACAAAAACUUCUGGCUGUCACACUACAACAACGGACAGCCCCUAGUAUCAACCCCUUACUUGACCCCGUCGAUGAGGAACUCUGGAAACUCUUUAAGCAGACACUCGAGUUGUCACCCAAGUUGUCCCACUUCUCCAAUCAAGGCUCCGUAUUUGACAACAACUUCUUCCUAACUCUCGCCACACCCAACUACCUUCUACCAGUUGAACACCUGGACGUCAUAAUGAGAUGGCUAUCAAGUAAACAAUCUGCAGAAGAGAUUGGGUCCUUCUGCUCACCCUACUUAAUUGGGCACAUCAUCGGAAAAGCCAGAAAGUUCUACGCCUCCAAGUUCAAGGCGCAACUAAGAUGGGACGAUGACAUCUACCGCAACGACCGUGACGGCGAUUAUGGACCCGUGUGCAUCAAGUUCAUGGAAUUGCACUUAGCCGGAGACCCCCAGCCCCACAUGUUUGGAAUGACGGUCGACCAUGUAGAUCGCUUCCGCAAACACUACGCUCUUGAUAUCUACCGCGACCUUGUCUUGCCUCUGCACCAGACAUCACCUACAAAUUAG